UCCAAAUAGAGUUGACUCUGGGUCGAGUGAAAGCAAGGCCAGUCAAUCAGUUAGAGCUCACCAAUGAAAUGUUCGGAAGAAUUUUCGCAGCCAUGAUUCUGCUGAGUACUGCCAUUUUGGCGAUGAACUUCUUCAUCGUCAUACUGAACGACGCACUUGCAGAAGCAAAGAACACUGCAAAGGAAAGCCCACUUUACGACCCUGGCGUGGACGAAUGCAGCUGGAAGAAGACAAACCAACGCCAUCAAUUUUAUGAUAAGAUAAGUAACGGUUUACGCCAAUGGAAACUCGAGGAAAUGUUAGCCCAGUCAAGCAUCAGGAAAAAAGCAUCAGGAAAUCCAAAGCAAAAGAACUCAGAAAAAAGGUCCUUCUUUGAUCAAGGCAGUAAUAUUAUUGUAUAUCCGAAGCAUGCAAGGAAUGAGCAUCACUGCCAUCUUAAUAAGAAGGGAAAGAAAGUAUGUUUCGCAGAGGAUGUCACUAAGUCUCAACUCAGAAGAUUACAGGCGACCAAGAAAGAUCUGUUCCAACGCUUGGACAGUAUAGUCCAAGCAUAUUCCAGAGAGGCCGAGCAGGAAGAGAAAUUUGAAUUGAUUAUGAAUGAGAUGGGUGUUCAUAACUCUUUGGAUCCCAUGAUAAACGUUACAGCUUUUUCGAAUGAGUCAUUUGAAUAUCACGAGCGACAUCAUUGAAUGAAUGAAAAAAAUAUCUAACUGAGGCCAUAUUAAAAUUUUCAUUGUACAUAAUGUAACCGACUGAAAACAAAUUAAUUCCUUUAAGUAACAAACAAAGUAUGCUUUGUUAAAAAAAUGAUUUGUGUUUCUACCAGUUUGUCCAGAGUAUGCAUUCUAACUUUUCCAUUGUACUCCAGGAAUUGUUCAACCUCGCUAAGCGUUUAGUGGGAUCUUUGCAGUCAUAACCACAUUUGUAAACAAUUAAAGUGAUCCUGGUGCGGACUGAAAAAAAUGUGAAAACUUGACCAAAUAAUUGUGUAAUUUCCAAUCAUGACAGCAUUGUUGCUAACGACUACGUUGCUAUUGACAACUGCCCUGUAUUUCCAGCCUUAUGGUUAUUUUGAGCAAACAAUACUUUUUAAUUUUUCGCGUAUAAGUUUAACUUAUGUAUAAAUAUUGAGUAGAAAUAAAGUUGUUGUUGUACUU